AUGCCAUCUCAGGAGGAUGAAGAGCAACGCCUCGAAAGGCUGCAUUUCGCCAAUGUGCUCAAGGCCUUUGAUGACUAUUUGCCAUACUGCUUGUUGGCCAACGAUGCACGGCGAAAAUCCUUCUUUUCGCUUCCGAGAGCUCAUCAGCAUCUUCUCUCUGAGGUAGGUCAGUCUUUGUCACUACCAGAGCUGCCCAACGGACCGCCGCAGAUACCGAAAGCACGUGGGUUCAAGUCGAGGCUGGAGGAAAUCGAUGACCGUAUACGCCGCAAUGCCGACCUGCUUUCGCUCAUCGCCGACGAAUCCAGAGGAUUUCUGGGCCUAGAUGCUUUGGGAGAGGAGGAAGAUGCAGUGGCAGAAGAAUCUCAAGCUGGUCAUGAUUCACAACGUGGCGCCAACAGCAGUACUGACAGCAGUAGCGGCAAGGCCAUCACAGGUUCCAGCUCCAGAGGCGGUAGGAAGCGGAGGAGACUUGCGGGUCACGAGAUCGACAAGAUUCAAAGCACACUCAAGCAAGUUGUUCGAGAUUGGAGUCGCGAAGGCGAGCCCGAACGGUCAGCUGUCUACAGCCCUCUGAUGGAAGCGGUCAGCCAACGCUACGGCCAGAUUCCAUUCAAGGAUCGCUGGCAUGUCCGCAUCCUUGUGCCAGGUGCAGGAUUGGGUCGGCUUGCCUUCGAAUACGCCGCCCAGGGCUAUUCGUGUCAAGGCAACGAGUUCAGCUUUUACAUGCUGCUUGCAUCCCACUACAUUCUCAACAAGACGAGCCAGGUUGACGAGCACACCAUCUACCCAUUCGUACACUCAUCCAGCAACUGGAGGACCGCUGAUGAUAUGCUACGUCCUAUCCGUAUCCCUGAUGUCCUGCCCUCAUCGCUUCCGCAGACGAGCGAAUUCAGCAUGGUCGCAGGCGAAUUCUGCGAAGUCUACUCAAAAUCGGACGAAAAGCGAGCCUGGCAUGUGGUGGCCACGUGCUUCUUCAUCGACACGGCCAAGAACGUGCUGCGGUACCUCGAGACGUUGAAUCACGUGCUGCCCAUCGGCGGAUACUGGAUCAACGCUGGACCGUUGCUGUGGCAUUUUGAAAAUUCGGGCAACUCCCGAGGUGGGACGGGCGACAACCUGAGUAUCGAGCUUACGCUGGACGAGCUGGUUCAGCUGUUGCCGAAAAUGGGCUUUGAGAUAGAGGAACGUCGCGAGCUUUCACCAACACCAUAUACAGGUAUGCUCAACGGCAUGCUGCAGUACCACUACUUGCCGGAAUUCUUUGUAUGUCGCAAAAUUCGAGACGUCGAAGCGGCACCGGCUGUUUAA